AGACAUACGCCAAUAACACUGGUUCUACUACAUAUACUUUUACAGCUUUGCUGCAGAGUACUCACACAUCAUCAACCCAUAAAUGCCCAGUGCUGAGCAAAGGCCUCUUCUCACACGGAGGUUUGAACAUAAAUCACCACGCUUGCUCAAAGCGGAUUGGCGAUUUCAAACUUAUAAUCAGAAAUUAUAAGUCCAGGUUUCUUCACGAUGUUUUCCUUCACCGUAUGUAAGUGGUGUAGGUAUGAGUAAUCAUAGAAAUUUCAUAUGACUCGGAAAAAGUUGACGUUGGUACUUGCCAAGUUUCGAACAGCCCCGAACCCUUAUAUUGCCGCCACCUUAUUUUGAAAUUGAUAAUACACACUCUGGUUUAAAUUCUUCACUAAACCGGCGAUGCAAAUCACAUCAGGUAUUCCAAAACGUCCCGGGCACAAAUGGGCUGGCCCAACUGGAGUGAUACCACAGCCUCACAGAAAACCGGCGUGAAACAACCACACCGUGUGCCUUAACAAGUACGUAAACCAUAACGUUCAGUAGUAAACCACAGGUAGAGUCAUAGCCAUAUUAAUAAAUCAUUUAUCAGGUAUACGGAAAAUCUAUCAAAGCAGAUACAAUAUUUUCGCGAUUAAAGCAAAGAUAAAAUAUAACAGAUAAGCCUCCAUAUAAAUUAAAGAACACAAAUUAUUUUUGAUUGUGCUACGAUGGGAACCACCGACCCCACAAUGUCGAAAUUAAAUAUAUUAGUAUUUAGCCUUCUUGGAUUAAUUAGUGCGUGUGUGGGACAGAAUGUUAUAACAUCUACCAGUAACUGUGCGACGAUUAUUAACGGUCUGCCAAGAUUAACAAAUUUUAACGCCAGAGACUUCAUUGGCACGUGGUACGAUGUUGGUAGAUACUACCAGCCAACACAACUUGGUCAGUGUAAUCGUGCUUUGUACGGAACACCGAACGCAAUUAAUGGUCAAAUAGCGGUGCAGAAUUGGCAAGUUGUAAAUGGUGAAUGGGUCUCAGUAUCAGGAUCUGCCACAGCAAACGCCGAAGGAGUACUAUCAGUUACUUUAAAUACCGCUUCCGGAGUGCAAACAGCCGAACUUCGAAUUUUGACUUUAACUAAUGAGUACGCCGUCUUGUUCAGUUGCCGCAAUGAGGGAACUGGAAGCAUAUUGGGAAGUUGGAAAAUGAGCAGAACACCAACUUUAACUACGGCUCAAGAAACUGCUAUAAAUAGUUUCAUUAACCAAGUUAGCAUUCUCAACCUCAACAGUUAUACUCCUACAUCACAAACUUGUACAGUUCAAGCACGGCCCUACAUUGAGCUUACAGGAGCUUGCGACGCAAACUUCAAAGGUGUUUCAGGUUUCCAACUUCUUAAUUAUGUUGGACAGUGGCAAGAAUUGCGAAGAUAUCCGCAGCCAACACAAACUGGUCAAUGUAACCGGGCCUUAUACGAGGCAAGUGAACCUGGUGUAGUCUCAGUAACAAACAGUCAAGUUCUUAACGGCGAACUGUUAACUAUAUCAGGACGAGCUGUUCCUGGCAGCACUGACGGAACUGGACAUUUAAUAGUUAAUUUCGGUGGGGAUAGAAAUUCGAACUAUUACGUCGUGGCGACCGACUACCAAAAUUUCGCUCUUGUAUACAGCUGUACUAAUGAAGCAAACGACAACAGGCGAGUCGGUAGUUGGGUGCUUAGCAGAUCAGGGACUCUCAGCGCGACCGCGCAGGCUACGAUCAAUCAAGCGAUAAUUGACACCCCAGAUCUAUUUGAUGGCUACUACCAAACUACAAGUCAGGACGCAGACGCUUGUUUCUCCUAUCCAACGUUUGAUAGCAAAUGGGAAUACAUCGAGCUGCCUGGAGAUUGCGAUACAAGAAUCAAAGGUGUUGAUGACUUCGAUGUAACUAGAUACUUGGGUGACUGGAAAGAAUUACAAAGAUACCCACAGCCAACACAAACUGGACAAUGCAACCUUGCUAGAUAUGGCCCAGUCAAUAAUGGAGUCGUAACCGUAGUGAACCAACAAGUUGUGAACGAAAGACUGGCAACGAUAACAGGGCAGGCUGUUAUUGCCAGCAACGAUAGAACUGGACAUUUGAAAGUUACUUUCAAUGUUAAUGGCGAGGUCAGAGAAUCAGACUACUACGUCCUGGCGACAGACUACAAUGAGUAUGCCCUUGUAUACAGCUGCGCACCUGCAGGAAACGGAAACAGACGAGUCAGCAGUUGGGUGCUUAGCAAAACAGGAACACUGAGCGAUAAGUCUAUUAAUGAGAUUGAUGAAACCAUACUGAAAACCCAAGGUCUCCAUAAAGGUUACUACGUAAAAACUGGCCAAACGCAACAAGAUUGUUUCUACUAUCCUGAAUUUGAUAGCUCAUGGUCAUACGUUGAGCUAUCUGGAGAAUGUGAUGCCGGAAUCAGAGGUGUUUCUGGAUUCCAAGCAGCUAGAUAUUUAGGCAAAUGGUAUGAACUCGCAAGAUACCCGCAGCCAAACCAAUCUGGCCAGUGUAACAGCGCUGAGUAUGGAUCGCUUCCUAAUAACGCCGUUUCUGUGCUGAACAGUCAAGUUAUCAACGAAGAACUGUCUACGAUAACAGGACAGGCUGUUCUUGCCAGCACCGAUGGAACUGGACAAUUGUCAGUUACUUUCAAUGAUCCUGCCAAUCCAUCAAACUAUUACAUACUUGCGACCGACUACAACGAAUUUGCUCUUGUAUACAGCUGCCGUAACGUGGAAGGCGGGAAAAGACGAGUUGGCAGCUGGAUUCUCAGCAAAACGGGAUCAGUGAGCGCAGCUUCCCAAGCUAUCAUUGAUAAAACCAUUAGCGACACCCCAGGUCUAACUAAAGAAUACUACCAGCCCACAAGUCAAACUUAUGCAUCAUGCUUCUAUUAUCCUGACUUUACUGAACCACAACAGUACAUUGAACUGCCUGGUCCUUGUGACACAAGCAUCAAAGGUGUCGCCAACUUUAACGCAGCUGAUUAUCAAGGCACGUGGAUUGAAAACGCCAGAUACCCACAACCGACGCAAGCUGGCCAAUGCAACCGUGCUAAAUACACACCAAUCGCUGGAGGCGCUGUCUCUGUGACAAACAACCAAAUCGUAAAUACAACAAUAAGCACGAUAGACGGAAUAGCUAUUGCGGCAAGUGAUGAUGGAACUGGCCAAUUGGAAGUUUCUUUCGUAGCCAAUAAUGAACUCAGGCGAGCCAACUACUACGUCCUGGCGACUGACUACAAACAGUAUUCACUUGUAUACAGCUGUUACAACGUAGAUAACGGAAACAAACGACGAGUUAGCAGCUGGAAAUUAAGUAGGUCGGGAGUACUGACCGACGAAGACAAGGCUGCAAUUGAUGCCGUCGUAGAAAAGACUCAAGGACUUAAAAACACUUACUACGUGGAAACUGAUCAAAGUUCUGAAACAUGCUUCUUUUAUCCCACAAUUGCUCCAAACAGUGAGGUCAUAAUACCCGGCCAGUGUGACGAAUCUAUCACUGGAGUAGCACAGUUCAAUUUGGAUGACUUCAAAGGAAACUGGUAUCAGAUCCGAAGAUACGACCCCGUUUCAGGCACUUGUGCUGGCGUGAGAUUUACUCCUGAAACUGACAGCAUCGAUGUUGUUGCAUACGAAGUGUUCAAUGGAGAAUUGUUUAUUGCUGAAGGAACAGCCAGAAUCAACUCAACUGAUAACACGGGACGAAUUACUAUAACUAUGCCAGUUGAGGGCUCUUCAGAACCUGUCGAAACCGUUGUCUAUAUAAUGUCUACAGACUACAACAAUUAUGCUGUUGCAUACAGUUGCGCCAACGUAGGCAACAUCCAACGACGAGUUCGUGUUUGGCAUCUGAGUCGUGAAAGAACUAUGUCUGAAGUUGGAAAUACAGCCAUCGCGGCUCUGGUAGCACAAAGGCAAGAGUUCCAUCUGCCAUACUUCAAGGAUAUUGCGCACAGCGAAUGUCCAGAACCCAGUUCAGCAUUCCUAUUCAAAAGCAGUAUUGUUGUACUCCUUGUAUGUGCCGUAUUACAAUUAGUAUUGUAAAUACUAAAUAAUAAUAUAUUUUAAAUAUUUAAAUGUAUUAUACGUCUAUGUAUUAUUAUAAUUAAUAUAAAAUAUAUUUUUUUACAUUCCAUUAAAUGUUCAAUUUCCUUUAAGAAUUAAAUAUUGUUUUAUUAUUUAUCCAUGUAUCAUAACGUCCUUUUUUUAUGUCUAUCGGCAAACAAGCAGACGGGUUACCUGGUGGUAUGCAAACAGCGCCGCCCAUGGACAUUUGUAGUAUCAAAAGAGAUCUGCUUAGAGGGCAUACUUAUGAGAGAACAGGAUGGAAAGUACCUCAUCCUCCAAUGAAAAGGGAGGGCCCUCCAACCAGACGGAUGUUGUGUCUGGUGGGCUACUAUCCGGGAUUUUUGUAUCGGUGCUAAUUGGGUUAAGAACUCUUAUACCGCGAUGUAGAAUCUGUUACGCCAUCUGUUGAAUAUUGUUCUCCAUCUACGUGAGUCGUCACAUUACUGCGAUAGAUGUCGCUACAACUACGAGUGCGUUGCUGGCCACUUGUGGGUUAUUAGGGAUUUAAGGAUAGGGGAUUUGAGGAUGGGGGGAGAGUUGGACAUCCGGUAACCUCGCUUACACGGCGAACCCACCUAAGCGUUGUUUCACGCCAGUUUUCUGGGAGGGCUAGCCCAUUAGUGCCGAAGCAUGGUUCUCUUACACAUAGUCCUGAUAUUGACAAAACAAAAGGAGGAGGUUCAAAAUUCGACGACUAAAUAUAAAUAUUUCUGUUUCUUCUCUUCUAUAAGUAUACAUAAGUAUAAAAAUCAAUGCCAGUUUUCGUUGUAAUAUUAUAACUUAACAAUGCCUAUAUCGAUUUGGCUAAUUUUCGUCCGUAAAGUCCAAAGACAAUUUAUACGUAUAGAAAUUUAAAAAAAAAUCUUGAAUAAGGAUAAAAUCGACAUCGACGCUGGCAGAGUCGCGGGCGACCGAAAGUAUUUGUAUGUAAAUUAAAGAAGUGCAGUGUUUUGCAUGGGUUUUUACAUGUGUGUAGGAUUGUGACAAAUAAAAAGUAUUGGUAGUGUCCCCAAGUUGAUUUCAUAUUCUAGUUAGAGGUACUGCU